AUGUAUCUGGAUGCGUGUCAAGUUGGUUCUCAGAUCAGCUGCAGAUAUCCAGUCAAAGCUUUCCACUUCGGCAAGCAUACUUCCAAUGUUUGGCAUGAGGGCCAUGCUGAGCAAACGGCCGACAUUGCUGGAGGAUGCUCCUUUGGCAAAGUGCUGUUAGGAGGAGGAGGAACAGCCGACGUUGUCAGAGGAAGCACCAAGGCCAUACCAAUGGCUGCCAGGAGCUCUUGCGCUGGGCGAUUGCCAGCGGCCAUGCUCUGCUUGCUUGCAGUGCAGAAGGGGCCGAGGCAACUCACUUUUGGCUUUCAGACUGGUUGCUGGCCGCACAACUUGGGUUGUCGCAACGCGUACAUGAUGGUGCAAGAACCCAUACCACGCGCAGAUUGGAAAAUCGCGAGCUCUCUGCUCAUUUCCAUCUCCAUCCUACUCAUCAUCGUGACGGUCAAAUUGACGGUGAUACCCUUGCAGGACCAGCAGUACUUUUUGCUGUACGCUGUGCUUGCAAGCAACGUCAAAAAGCAUCCCGACAAUGCAGCCAGAUGGAUUUGGGAUUUGGCACACAAGCAAUUGAACAGCAAUGCCAACCACUUUUUGCACUUGUGGUUCAAGGACAAUGCGCACACCAUGCAGCACCAUGAUUGA